GUUUCUGAAUCAUUACACUUCAUUUUUUGACAUGUUUUAAGCUAAUGUGCACCAAGGUUUGGUAAUAUGUCGCUAGUUUGAAGGUCUGCAAACUCGUAGUCGCCUCUAUUUUGUCCCAAGUUAUUACUUAAGAAGGGACAUCUCAUCACAUCACCAUCACACUCUGUAAGUGGCUGUUCAAUGCCGAACACAUCAGAAGGCCAAGGAGCAAAUCUCUCUGGGCCAGCAGAACCAUCAGGUACGCAAAGGCUUACCGAUGGGGAGGAGAACCACAGUCUGCUCAGCUCCCUCGCCCGUGACGCUGCAAGAGUAAGGCGGGCAUCCAGUGCUGAGCUGCACCUGCCAUGGACCUGCCCGGUCACACACUCCAGGGAGAAGUUCUACACCGUCUGCUCCGAUUAUGCUCUGCUCAACCAGGCUGCCUCUGUUUACCGUCCCCCAAACAAGCAGGAUGACGGGUCCCCGCUCGUGAAGCCCAAAUCUGCAGCUGGAGGGGCCCACGUGGGAUCAGAUGGGGACUGUGACAUGGAAGAAAUGUCAUCUGGGAACACUAAGCCUAUUUUGGCCUGGGAGAUUGAUACGACAGACUUCAAUGCCGUGCUCACCAGAAAAACAAUAACAAGUAAUGUGAAGAAAUGCAGCACCAAGAAGAUGAAAUCAUCAGACAGACCGAGCCGAAAUCUGCAAGACGUCUCGCCUCAUGCCUCGCUGGAGGAGAUCAAACAGAGAAAAGUGCUCGACCUCAGACGAUGGUACUGUAUCAGUCGGCCACAAUACAAGACUUCUUGUGGGAUCUCUUCUUUGGUGUCCUGCUGGAACUUCUUGUACAGCACUGUGGGUGCAGGGAGUCUUCCACCCAUCUCUCAAGAGGAGGCGCUGCAUAUUCUGGGGUUUCAGCCGCCUUUUGAAGAAAUCAAGUUUGGUCCUUUCACUGGCAACGCUACACUGAUGCGAUGGUUCAGACAAAUUAAUGACAAUUUCAGAGUACGAGGUUGCUCCUACAUUCUGUACAAACCACAUGGAAAGCACAAGACGGCAGGAGAAACAGCUGAAGGAGCGUUAACGAAGCUGACACAAGGGCUGAAGGAUGAGUCUAUGGCCUACAUUUACCACUGCCAGAACCACUACUUCUGCCCAGUGGGCUUUGAAGGGACGCCUCUCAAAGCAGCAAAGGCAUAUAGGGGCCCUCUACCCACAAAUGAAAUGGAAUACUGGAUCUUAAUCGGUGAACCCAGUAGGAAACACCCAGCUAUUCACUGUAAAAAAUGGAUGGACAUUGUGACUGACCUCAACACACAGAAUCCAGAAUACUUGGACAUCCGUCACACAGAGAGGGGGAUUCAACGGCGCAAAACCAAAAAGGUGGGUGGAAACCUGCACUGCAUCAUGGCCUUCCAGAGGGUCAACUGGCAGAAGCUCGGCCCCUGGGCUCUGAAUCUGGAAAACUUGCGCCACGACUUCCACCACUCCAGCGGGGAGCGGGCCCACGGAAGCGCCGCGGAGGAAGCGGAGGAGAGGACGUCGGCCAAGCGCCUGGCCCACCUGGGACGCUCACACAGUAUGGGAAGUCAGAAAGACACCAGCUGGAAACACAUGUCCAACACAACAGAGAACAGACAGCGGAGCUCCCCGGACAGCGAUCUUGAAGAAGACAUCACAGACUGAAAAGGUUUACUGGGACGUACAGGGAGAGGACUAAAUAACAGAAAUGACAACACACAACAAUAGUCUUAAGAUACAUUUUACAGGAUAAGUCUGGUGUUGUUGUGUA